AUGGCGAGUCGGGUGAAGGAGGACGAGAAGAACGAGAAGAUUAUACGAGGCCUUCUGAAGCUUCCUGCUAACAGGAGAUGCAUCAACUGCAAUAGUCUGGUACUCAACUGUUCCCCAGAAUAUCCCUCUUCUAUGUUUUAAUUUUUCAUCCUUUGUUUAUCUAGCCAGCAACCUAGUUUAUAUCACCGUCCUAAAUAACAUGGCUUAUCCCGACAUUAUUUGGGGUUACGCACCGUUAUUGCUCCAAACUUCGAAAAUAAUGACUUUAAUUUAAACUCUCCGGUUUUAAUGGGCCAUUGAUCCCUGUUGUUUCCCGGACUUUCUUGGUUACUCGUCCUGUGGCUAUAAUUAAUUAUUUGGUCUUCUGCACAUUUCAGCGGAAGCGUGCCUUGUAGGGGGUUGAGUUUUAGGCGUUUUAUGCCUUACAUUUUCAAGGCAAUGAAAAAUUCACUGUUCUUUUUUCUAGAUAAAUGGAAAAGAACAGUGAACUUAUAUGCCAUGAGUACUACAGGGAUAUGCUUGUAUAAAAUAAGCUUGCACAAUCUUAAGGGACAGACUGCUUGUGUGUGAUAACCACAAUCUAAAGGGACAGGAUUUUUCGUCAUUCGGGACUUUUCUAGGGACGGAUAACAGUAGAAAACCUUUUUUCAUCAUUCAGGAUUUUGCUAAAUUUUUGUACAUGUCGCUUGUUACAUGCAUUCAAAGUUGAUUUAUGCAGACAGCACAUGGAUUUUGGCGCGAAUCCACUCUUCUUAUCAUAACAUGUGUCUCCGACGUGAAAAGACAUUAUGAAUUGUUGAUUUGUACUUGGAGUUGUGUCAGUGAUAUACGUGUUCAUUUCUCAGAGUACCCUGAUUUAUAGCUCUGUUAGUUCAAACUUGAUGACUUUUUCUUUCCUCUUGUGUGGUGAAAGCUUCAUGAAUGUGGCGAUGUGAAUAGCCCAGCUCGUCGAUAGUAAGGAAAAAUGAAUCAGAAACAUGUUAUUUUACGUUUAUCCAUAUUCAAGAUUAGCAAACCUUGUGUGCACUUUCAGAUAAAAUCAAGAAAUUAUGUGUUUCAGCCUUAAGAAAUGAGGUCUUUCCACUGUUUUUGCAUUGACAAAGUCGCUGAUUCUGUUACCAUGGACCUAAGUUUAAAAGUUACUGUGAAACAAAAUGGUGAAGGGCAUACAUUUUUUUCUUCACUGCGAUUUCCACAAAAAUCUGAUGCCAGUGAGUUUUACGUAUUUACUUUAUUUUUUCAGAAGGAAAAACUUCAUGAGACAUCCUGCAUGAGUAGAGGAUAAAUUAUGAGCCUUUACUUGGUGGUUUAUUGAAGAACUAGUCUAAUUCUCAACAUUCAAUGCCAUGAUUUACUAUUGAGGUUCCAUAUGAAAUCUAAAAGCUCUGUUCAUGAUAAGAAGAUAUGGUUAAUCUUAUGCCAAAUGUUAUACUACACAGGAGUGGGAUUUGUGCAAUUAUUUGAUUUUCAUAUUCACUUCUGUAAGUUGUGCCGACGAUGAACAAUCAAAUAAUUAAAUAUAAAUUUAAAUAAAUAGGGUUUUUAUGAGUAUUAGUUUAAUGGUAAUUCAAACAGUUUACUGGAGGCUGCAAAAGAAAAGUGUUAAGAAGUUAGAAGGGCAUAUUUUGCUGAUAUGGCUGCCUCAUACCGUAUAUCUCAUCUUAAAUGCUCUUCACUGUACUUAAAACUCAUUUUGGAGGAACGAAUAUGUGGUCAUUUUGUAACUUAUAGCAUUAGAGAGCAUUAUCUAUAUAUAUUGCCGCAUAUGCUUCUAAUUCUCACCGUUCGGAUCUGACAACUUUUAUAUCUAUCAGGGACCACAAUAUGUUUGCACCAAUUUCUGGACAUUUAUUUGCAUGAACUGCAGUGGAAUUCAGUAAGUCACUUGUUUGCUUCCUUUCCCAUUUUGCCUUGAAAAAUGUUAUUAGUUCCUGUAACUCAAAGAAUGUUAGGCAAUUUCAUGAUCUAUCAUGGAUAAAUCGUACUUGGAAUAUCCAAUUAGAACAUGUGGUGAGUGAGAUUUAAGGGAUUUCAUGUCAACUUACGUGGUCGAUACAUCAUCUGCUGGCCACAGAGUUGAUGAAAUUGUAUCAUGAUGGUUCUUUCAUUCCCUGUUAACCGGCCGAAUAAGCACUUUUAUACUGAGUGGAAACCAUGGAUUUUUGUUCCAUUGGUUGGAAAGAUAAGCAUUCGCUUUAGCCAAAGCUGGGACCGGGAUAGAGAGAUUUAGUUAGGCCUUUGAGGAAAAGAUUGAGAUAGGACUCGCCAGAACCCGAUGUGUGAGUCAAGCAUUCCCCAGAAAGAAAAUCAGGCAAACCUGUCAUUGACUGGAUUUUUGACAAGAUUCUGACAUAUUUUUGAUAUUACGAUAAACAAGUAAUCAACGGAAAGUGGAUAAGAACAUUUAUAAACCACUUUGCGACCCUUGCGCUUUUUGAUGACGAAGGGUAUUUUAUGAAGUAUAGAUUGGUUUCCUGCUGAUUUUUUUACUUACCCUUGAAUUUUCCGAAAAUUUGCAGCCGUGAAUUCACCCACCGUGUGAAAUCUGUGUCAAUGGCCAAGUUCACUACACAAGAAGUUAAUGCUCUUCAAGAAGGGGGUAAUGAGGUAUUUAAGCAUAUAGUCAUCAUAAUUGAUAGUAGCGAUAAUUUGUUUCCUGGUAUUGUGAUAUUCUUCCUUUUAGUGUUCUGAAGAUGCACAAUAUUUUUUUAAUAGCGAGCAAAAGAAAUUUAUUUCAAGCAGUGGGACCCACAGCGCCACUCAUUUCCCGAUAGCAGGUUAAUUCUUCAUUUACUUGUGCGACUUUAGAUGCACCUCUGAUGGUAGGUUCUGCUUCGUGUAACUAUUUGUUUUUUUGUUUUUUGCAGUAAUGUGGAUAGACUCAGGGACUUCAUCAAGCAUGUAUAUGUUGAGCGGAGAUACACGGGGGAGAGGAGUGUUGAUGGGCCGUCAAGAGUGAAGGUCUUUAGUACUCUAUGAACAUUUUGGUUUUGACCGGAGAUACGAAAUGCCUUGGUGUAACAAUUGCUGAACAAAACCCUCUAUCUGAGCUAUUUUUAAAAAAUAUAUAGAAAAAAAUUGGGAACUAGUAAUUUAUUUUUAAAGAUGACUUAUGUUAGUGUAUGGCACUUGCACCAAUCGGAGCAAAAAAAAAAAAGGAAAAUCAUGUCUAUGUUUUAAAUAUCCGUUUAACGACUUGUAGAGUAUUUUGAUACUUGUUUAAACGAAGAGCAGUUGUGCCUUGGGUGGUUGAUGACUGUAUUGUCGCCUUAUUUUCAAAAAUGUGGAUGGUGCAGGGUGAGAGGGAAGAUUCCUAUGAAAACAAGAAGUCAGAUGCACACCGAGGUGGUUCACGCAGCCCACCAUUUGAAGAUAAAUACGAUCGUCGUAAUAUGGAGCGACUUGGCUCUGGUGGGAGAAACGAUGACAGAAAUUUUAGAUCAAGUUAUGAAGAAAGGCGAAGCCCUGGAUAUGAUCGCAGUGAUUACAGGAGAAGCCCUGGCAGGUUUGAUGCUGUAGAUGAGAGGCGUCAAGAUGACAGACAUGGAAAUGGUAACCAGAUUCGAAGUUUUGAGGAUCGUAGAUUUCCAGAUGGUCUACCCAGGCCAGAAGGAAGACCUGCGAACCAUCAGAAAGAAUCCAAAGUUCCAAGUCCUCCUAUGGUCCGCCCAGUUAGAGAGAUUUUGGGUGAGGAUGUUCCACCUCUCCGGGUGGGUGAGCCUCCUAAAACAGAUGGUACAAAGGCUGUUAAUGGAUCCCUACAGACACAGGUGAGCUUUCGAUGUACAGUUUUCUUUUUAUUCUUAUAUUUUCUUUUUUACCUUCGGUUCUUGCCUUGCAAUACUCUUUUAUGUUUUAGGCAGAUUUGCUGUCUGUCUUCAUUUUUUGUGUGGUCAGUCAGGUCCUCAAUGGAUAUAUUGUACUCUUUGCUGCUUAUUUUCUUCUUGAUUUAUAAUAUAGAACGAAUCUAUGUUAUUUUGUUGAUUUGCUCCUCAAUGUAAAAUCUUUGGGAGAAACAUUAAAAGUCCCUGAUGUUUUUUUUGCCCGAAUAAUGCCAAUGUGCUUUAAGAUCCUCAGCCUUCUUAGGUGGCUUUUGCCACUACUCUUUUAAAAUAGCAAUUACAAAGUAAAUCUUACUAAAUAAAAAACAGCAGUGCAUAAGUGAGUGGCAUCCAUAACGACAUAUGGCAUUCUGGGGACACGUUGCAAAAUUAAAAAACGUAACUGAUUGCAUAUUAUUUUAUGACCAUAACGACAUCAUCAAAAAACAUAUACCCAAAUCUUAUUGAAAAAUUAAAAAUAAUUGAUUGCAUAUUAUUUUAAAGAAUAAUUUUAUAAAUAACGUAACUCUUUCCAUUCUGGGGACACGUUGCAGUGCCUGUUUGUGUUGAUCAAAGAAUGGUAUGAACAGACCUCACAUUUGGGUAGUUUGAUUUGUGCCGCCUUGUUGUCUGGGCGAAAAUCUUUUUCUUGUAUUCUUGUACCUAACACGAGUACUUGCCAUUACAUGUUCAAGACAAACCCCAGUAAAGGAAAAGGAAGAGAGUCGACUCUCUAAUUCACUGUCAAGUACAGGCAUUGAGGGAGCGGUAGCUGAUGGGGGUGUCUCAAGGGGUAGUGGCUAGCUAGGGCACAGUGGCCUACAUAUUUAGGAUGGAAGUGACGUUCUGCCUGCAGUUUGAUUGAGAUAACCCUGAAAUUUUCCUAUGAAUUUAGCUGUGACCCUUUCUCAGGCGGAUUCGAUUUCCUGUUUUUUUUAAAAAAAAAUAGUGGAAAUAAAAGGAUCAUUGAAGUGUUCCCUGGUCCUUUUAUUUUGCUAUGAAAUUUAGUUGUAAUGAUCUUGUUUGAUGCAGCACAAAUUAUUAUGUUGCAAAGAAUUGUUCCAGUUCUAUAAAUUUCAAUAAUGAGGUGGCUCUCUACUGGAAUUCAUCGUUUCCUCAAGUGGUUUUUUCCUUGGGAGAUGAGUGAAGUGGCUCUCAAUCUGUACAAAACAUAUUUGCAUAUUAACUUUGGGCUAGGAUGCAUAAUAACUUCGUUUGAUUGAUACCCGUCACUUAACUUUCCAACCUUUUCCUAUUUUCUCGUCUUUGUUCUUGUUUGAUUGUCCGUCUUACAUCAUUUUGUACUUUAUCUCACAUCUUUUUUUCGGUUGCAGAGGACCACAUCAUCAAACAGCUUGGCUUCCAUUGAUUCAAAUCCAGCUGAAGUAAAGAGGCCCGACUUAGGGAGCUUAAUUGAUUUUGAUGCAAAUCCCGAACCUGCAGUCGCCCCAUCUUCACAACCUGUUCCCAAGCCAACUACAGAUUCGCAAGUUAAUGGUGGAAAUUGGGCGUCUUUUUAUUCCGUGCCACAGCCGAAACCACCUCAGCCUGCUUCAAAUCUUAGCCCACUGGAAUCAGCUCUGAGCGAGCUGUCCAUUCCCCCUGCUCCAGCUGUGAACACUGUGUCAUCAUUGCCUAGUGCCGGCGUAGAUCCUUUUUCUUUAGCUAACGAUGCUGCCCAGGUUCCAGCUAUCCAACAGAAUCAGCCUUCUCUAUUUCCGCCUAAUCUGGGUCAGCCUUCUGUUGUGGGACCUUUUGGUCCUCCGUCAGCGGUUGCUCCAAGUAGCCAGGCAAGUUAGAUCCAGUGAGAGCUAUUUGCUCUGAUUCAUGGUUUUGUUAAGGAAUGGUUGUCCUACAUGUUGUUUUUAGGGUUCUAUUAUGAUGUGCUAAUCUUUCCACAUACUGUUUUUCACAGCUACAUGCUUCACUAUUUGCGCCCAGUCCUCGAUUAGAUUUGACCACACCCGCUGGUCAACCCCCCCAAGCUGCUGUUACUCCACCAGGAGGGACGGGCAUUGCGGGCACUUCACAGCCUUCUGCUGUUGACGGUAAAAACAGUGGAAGAAGGGAACUUCCAGCGGUAAAAUUUUUUUUAUGAAUGUUCUCCUUCUGUUCUGGUCAACGUUAGUGGCAUAUUUCUGAAAAUACUUUCACAAACGCAGGACCUUUUUGCAGCAUCUUAUUCGCCAGCAUCAUAUCCAGGUUGGCAUGUGGGUCCACGUGUUCCCAUGGGAGGAGGAUACGGCAUGCAAUAUCCUACAAUGGCGGUAUAUUUUUAUUUUUUUUAAUAAUUUGAGAGGAGUAUCUCCUCGCCAUUUUCUUGAUCUAAGCCUAUGAUCAUCAUAUCAUUAUAUAUAUUUAUUCUUCCCCUGCUGCAGGCUAUGCCCUCUUUCCCACAACCGCCAAAGUCCACAAAUCCAUUCGAUUUUUCCAAUGAAGCGAUGAUGCCUCACGCCCAUUCGGUAUGUACCGUCUUUUUAUGUUCUUGUUUUGAAUCAUUAUCCCAUCUUGGGGCUCGAUUACUGACCGAGGAAUUGUUCGGAGCGUUAUCUGCACUGUUUUGACUGCUUUUGAACGGAUUUAUUGUUCCUCAUCUCUCGUGUUCAUCUCAUGCAAGUGUGUAAAAAAUUGCCAAAGUAAAACCUUCGCUCCUGUUUCAGUUUCCGUCCCUACAAGGAGCCCGGCUGAACAUGGGAGAUCCAUCAGCUCUGGCGCAGGGCGCAGGCUACGGCAUCUCUCCUCCUCAGUGGGCAGCUCCCCAGCGACCAUCUUAUCCAUCUGCAGUCCCGCCGAGUAAAAUCCCCCCUCUGCGACCUCGCCAUCUUCAUUUCCCCUGUCAUCAUCGUUGGCAUCGAAGCUUCGGCCUUCAUUUCUGACGGCUUUUUCAUGCUGAUAAUAAAUAGGUUUCUUUGCGGUGCAACAAGCUCCAACCCACCAAGUGCCCGGAGCUUUUCCCGCUCUGGGGUAGGCCAUCUUGUUCUUUUCUCUUUUUUUAAGCCUAAAUUUUAUCUAUUCUCCGAUCUAUUUGUUGCACGGAUUAGUAAAAUGAGAUCCCGGUUCAUAUCUCCCCUUCUCUCUACAAGUUAUACUGAUUUCUGUGCAGACACAACCAGCUCGGACCUGCUGCUUUUGGCGCUCCAGGCACGAACCUGCAGCUAGCGGCCGGGCACCCGCAGACGGGCAUUCCUGGUUUCCCUUCUGCCGGAGGGAAUCCCUUCGGAUAGAAACCUCCUCCCUCCGGAUCUCCUAGCCGUCCGAUUUUGGGCGAGGUCCGCCUUGAUUCCCUUGGAAGCCCUCUUCGCCACCGCGGUCAAUGCCCAAUUCUGGUGUCUUUCUUUCCGAAGGAGAAGGCGGGAGCGAGAGAGAUCAUCGAGACCGUCCAUUGCUCGAAAGAUAAAAAAAAAAUGCAGAGAUAUUGUUGCUGUGUUGAAUCCUGCUCGGAGGAAGAAGAAGAAGAGGGGUGGAGACUUUUUAAAGCGAUGAUGGGAGGGAGGGGCAUGCUACUCUGUAAUCAGAAAGCCGAGAGGAGUCGAGUCGGUGGUCAGCGGGGUGGACUUCCGGUGUAA